GACAUACAACUGACAAGUAAACAUUAAACGCUAAGUUAUUUGCUCAAUAUUUUAGAAAUGGUUAAACUUUGUUUUCUUUGUGAUCGGAAACCAUCGAAAGCUGAUAAGAUUUCAUUUCAUAAAUUUCCAAAAGAUGAAAUAGUAAGACAAAAAUGGCUAGAUAUCUGCGGAUUAACUUCAGAAGACGAUGUUUCAAGAAUAUGUAUUUGCUCAAUGCACUUUACAGCAGCUGACAUGAUCAGUUGUUCUUCUGGAAUAAAAAAAUCAUUCUUAAAAUCGGGAGCUGUGCCCACAAAAUUGUUGUCUAAUCCUUUAGUGAUAAAAGAAAUCGAUGAAGCUGCUAAAGCUGCCAAAAAGAGAAACGAUCCUGACAUUACGCUCCAGUCAUCUGUCGAAGAACUCAUCGACGAGCUAAUAAAUGAAAUCGGAGAUCUUGAUGACAACAUUGAGGUCCCGAAGAAACAACGAAUAUUUUAUCGACCUCGUUAUAUCUCGGAAAUAACGCUAGAAGACUUGUCAACUCCUUCGAAAGCUGAGCGAGUUCUCAAGUUGAUAAAAACCACAGACUUGAGAAAAUCUAAACAGAUUAAGAGCUUACAGGACCAACGAAGACAACUCAAUCUAAAGAUUAAAUCUCUCAAGGCGUUGAUUGCUCAGUUGCAAGGCAAAGAUCCUGAUGCCUUGGAAGAAAAUUAAGGUUGCUCACUUUUUCGUUCACUAGAGGAUAUAUUUUUAUGCACAUCCUCAAAGACUGAUUAUUAUUUUUCGCGUGGAUUAUUAGCAUUUACAUUUUAAUUACAUCGAAUAAAAUGGCUAAUAUUCAAUUUCUAUCUAAAAUACUGGAUAACUAGUCAGUCAAUCAUUUGACGAAAUUUUUGCCAAUGAAUAAUAUGACAAUCGUAACAAUUAUUUUCUUUUAUGAAUUUUUUAAAAAAAUUAUACUCAAAUUAGCAGACAUAUAAUAA